UUUUGAAGAAAUCACAGCUAUCUGAAUUUAACAAUCUAAUGUAAUUUCUAAGUUCUAGUGCCCUGAGGAAAAUAUAAUUCAACUCAGAAAUUGAAUGUGAAAAAUCCAAAAUGACGCUUAAGCGGUUGUAUUUAGGAAAAUGCAUCGAAGACUUGGACAAAUUAUACACUGUACAAGACCUGAAAUCGAAAAGAGCCACCGCGUUAUGCAAAACUGCCCAGAAACUUUUGGAGUCGGCAGACGAGGCGCAUGACAAAGGUGAUGAGGAGCUCUCCUACGUCCAGUACAUGAAGUAUUUACGUGUCGUCACGUAUAUAACUAAGGACAAGGAGUACCAGAAGGAUAAACCAUACUUCACCAGCAUGAUUGGAGCCAAAAAUCCAAAUAAAGCUAUGGAUGCAGCUGAGAAGUUGAAAAGUAGCUUGAUUGGCAGAUAUGAGAUGGAACAGAAAGCUAGACGUCUGAAUGACAUACAAGAAAACGAGAUUGUUAAACAAAAGAUUGAAGAGGAAAGAAAAAAGGCAAUGGAAAUCACCCCCGUUAGUGAACUGCCAGGACCCGACGAGGUCAUGAUAACCAGUGAGCAACUGUACUCCAUACUGAAGAGUGGAAAGCUUAAGGUUAUGAUACUUGACGCGAGGCCCUUGAAGGAUUACCAGGACUCACACAUCAACCAUUCUACCUGUAUCAGUGUGCCUGAGGAGAGGAUUUCUCCUGGUCAAUCUGCAAAUGUGCUGGAACAAAACCUGCCCCCGGAGUCACAGGUGGUGUGGGCUCAACGUGCUAGCAUGGAUCUAAUUGUGAUGCUGGACUGGCAUAGCACAGCGCUCAUUCCGGGGAAAAAGCUGCACCUACUGAAGACUAUACUGCUCAGGUGGGACGUCCGUGUGCAGUACGCGCACGAGCCGGUCGGGCUGCUGCGCGGGUACGAGGAUUGGCUGCUGAAAUAUCCGGCGCUCACCACGAAUCCCCGCGCGCGACCGCCGCAGCACCACGACCUGGACGCCCACAUGCUCGAUGACAUUGAUUACCCAAACUGGGCUGAUCUAAGUCCCCCGGUGCUGACAACUGUGAAACCUGCCAAGCCUGGCGAGCCCACGGUAGAUAGAAGCAGCAAGAUGGCGGCGGUGCAGCAUUACACCGAGCGGGCGAAGUCUCUAGCCGGCUUGCUGCAAGAGAGACAGCGAGUAGCCGACACCUCCCUCACCUUGGAGAUGCAGAGAAUACGGGCCGAACAGGACUGGGAGAAGGUCCGGCAACAGCAGGAGCAGACGCAGCAGGUGGACCUGAGGUCGGAGUACGAGCUGCGCGAGCAGGAGAUCAUCUCGCAGCUCAUGCAGCUCGAGAACAAGCAGUACGACAUGGAGCAGGAGAACCAGGCCCUCCGCGAGCAGUUGGAGGAGUACCAGCGGCGGGAGCGCGAGGAGGCGGCGCGGCUCGCGGACGCGCUGACGCGGGACCCCGACCCCGGCGCGGCCGCCGCGGAGGCGUCGUCGGAGCGGGCGAUGGCGGUGGCUCAGGCGCGACUCGACGCGGUGGCGGUGCAGCGGGCGCGGCUCCAUCAGGAGCGGGAGGCGCUGGAGGCGGAGCGGAAACGGAAGUUGGCCGAUGCGAGGCGGCAGAAACCGGUGCAGCAGAGGGUCGAUGAUGAUGAUAUGGGCUCCUCCGACGCGGCCGGCUCGGCGGGACUCAACCGGUCGCAGUCCUCGCCCAAUAUCGCGAAGGUGUCAUCGGACGAGGAGGAGGCGACGCCGCAGUUCGACCGCAGCACCAAGCCCAGCAAGGUGGCGCCGUCCAGCGAGCUGCGCCAGCGGGACUUCCAGCCCGUCUGGGGCGCCGUGGGCCGUGGGCUGACGGGUCUGAAGAACCUGGGCAACACGUGCUAUAUGAACUCGAUAAUACAGUGCCUGAACAACACGAAUAUACUCGUCUCCUACUUCUGUAACGGGAAGUACCUCGAGUGUAUUAACAGAUCGCACAGCACACGCGGCGCUAUAGCCGAGGAGCUGGCGGCGGUGGUGCGCGCGCUGUGGUCCGGACAGUACAGGUUCAUCGCCGCCAAGGACCUCCGGAACGAGGUGGGCAGACACCAGCGCGCGUUCCGGGGCAGUGAGCAGCAGGACUCGCACGAGUUCCUCACCAUCCUCAUGGACUGGCUCCACCUGGACCUGCAGUUCACCAUCAAACCACCCAACAAGGAGUCGCUAAGCCCCGCGGAGCGUGCGUGGGUGGAGUACACGCGAGCGCGCGAGAGCCUUGUGCUGCGGCUCUUCUACGGGCAGAUGCGGUCCACUGUCCGCUGCACGGUCUGCGCCGCCGCCUCCGUCACCUACGACUCCUUCUCCAACCUGUCGCUGGAGCUGCCGCCGCGCGCGCCGCGCUGCACGCUCGCGGAUUGUCUCAAACUGUACUUGAACGGUGAGACAAUACCGGGCUGGAAUUGCCCCAACUGCAAAGAGAAGCGUGAUGCGGUCAAGAAGCUCGACAUAUCCCGUCUUCCGCCGGUCCUAGUCAUCCAUUUUAAGAGAUUCUACGUAGAUCCCAAGGAGUAUAUGUGUAAUACUUACAGAAAAAAGCAGACUUUCAUCGAUUUUCCACUAGAAGACCUAGACAUGAGGCAGUUUUCGCUGCAGUCGUCUGAUAACCCGUCUUUUUACAAUUUAUACGCUGUGUCAAACCAUUACGGUUCGAUGGAAGGGGGCCAUUAUACCGCAUACUGCAAAAGCAGUGAAUUCGGAAAAUGGCACAAGUUUGACGACCAUGUCGUGACAGAGAUUCCGCCGAGCGAAGUGAAAUCCAGCGCCGCGUACAUACUCUUUUACACCGAGUCGUGAUACACACACAGCGGCAGUAUACGGAUAUAUUUUUGUACAGUAGAACUGUGGAGAAUGAUUUCAUUGUAUGUGUGUAAAAAAGUUUCACACGAUUUUAACAUUUAUAUUGUUAACUCCAACUGAACUCACAGAAUGUAAGUUAUAUGCGGCCUUCUCACGUUGGCCAAUGUCCCAUGACAAAAGAGGGGCAUAUACAACAUGACUGGUGAGACAUUUUCAAUACUCGACGACGUGAUA